GGUGUCAGUGCGCAUGCGCGGUGCUGGAUGAAGUUCUGGUUGGUGUUAGCCGGGUUAGCCGCCGGGUUGUUAGCUGCGGGUUGGAGAGAUGAGUGGAGGAGCUGUAGAGCGGGCUCUGAAAACCCACUUCGGGUUCGAGAGGUUCCGGUCCCGGCAGCAGGAGGAGGUGGUGAGGGCGGUGCUGGAAGGUGAGCGGGAUGUGUUCGUGUGUAUGCCAACCGGAGCAGGGAAGUCUCUGUGCUACCAGCUCCCGGCACUGCUGGCCACGGGCAUCACACUCGUCAUAUCUCCUCUCAUUGCUCUCAUUCAGGAUCAAGUCGAGCACCUUAAAGAGCUAAACAUCCCGGCACGCUCCAUUAACUCCAAGCUUCCUGCGGGAGAGAGACGGCAGAUUCUGGAAGAUCUGGAGAGCGAGAGUCCUGUGUUGAAGAUGCUCUACAUCACUCCUGAGAUGGUGGCCUCCCCCUCCUUCCAGCCGUGCCUGAGCUCGCUGUGCUCCCGGGGGCUGCUGGCUCGCCUGGCGGUGGACGAGGCUCACUGCGUCUCCCAGUGGGGGCACGACUUCCGGCCCGACUACCUGAAGCUGGGCGAGCUGCGCGCCCGCCUGCCCGGGGUGCCCUGCGUGGCGCUGACCGCCACGGCCCCCAAACGCGUGCAGGAGGACAUCGCUCGCUCCCUCAGGCUGAGGUCUCCCCUCACCUUCUCCACACCUGUGUUUAGGAAGAACCUGAAGUACGACGUGAUCUUCAGAGACCUGCUGCCUGAUCCGUACGUUCACCUGCACGCCUUCGCUAAAGAGGCGCUCGGGGGGAGCUCAGCAGAGAAGGGUUGUGGGAUUGUGUACUGUCGUACUCGAGAGAGCUGUGAGGAUGUUGCUCACAGACUGACUAAACUCGGGAUCGUAGCUAAACCCUACCAUGCAGGGCUGAAGGCUGGAGAUCGUACUGAGUCGCAGGCUGACUGGAUGGCCGGUAAAGUUCCUGUCAUUGUUGCUACCAUCAGCUUCGGGAUGGGAGUCGACAAAGCCAACGUUAGGUUUGUAGCUCACUGGAACGUGGCUAAAUCUCUGGCUAGUUACUAUCAGGAGUCCGGGCGUGCAGGACGCGAUGGCAUUCCCUCGUCCUGCCGCAUUUACUACUCUCGCAAAGACCGAGACCAGCUCAACUUCCUGAUCCGCAAAGAGGUCUCUCGCAAACAGAAAAAGCGUGGUUCAGAGAAGGAGCAGGAUAAAGCUGCUAUACAGGACUUUGAGGCCAUGGUGAACUUUUGUGAACAAGAGGGGUGCAGACACGCCACCAUCUCCCAGUUCUUUGGAGACCAGAAGCCCAACUGUGCCGGCUCCUGCGACUACUGCCAUAACCCUAAAUUAGUUCGAGCUCAGCUGGAGAGAGCCGCCGCCCUCAGCACCAGAACCGGCCCGGCUCAGAGCUCUGAACCCAGAGGGCCGUUCGGGUUUGACCGGGAGCUCUACGCUGGGGGGAAGAAGGGCUACGGGUUCGAGAGGCAUGAUGAGGAUUGGGAGGGCAGUGGAGAGGAAGAUUCUGAGAAACGCAAGAAGGAGUUUGGCGAUAUGUUUAAGAAGCAGAUGAGUUUACGCAAGGCAUCAGGAGGGCCAAAAGAGACUUUUGUUCCACCAGACGCUGAUUGUCUGUUAAAGGAGGCCAGCAGUCAGAGGAUCCCCCGGCUCACAGUGAAGGCAAGGGAGCACUGUCUGUCUCUGUUGCAGGAGACCCUGACCAACCAGAGAUCUGUAAGCAAUCACACAAACAGCUCAGACUCUACGUCUCUGGCUGUAGAAAUCGAGUAUGAAGUGUUCAAAUCCUGCAAAUCAGCAAACCUUUACAAGGCUGCAGUUCUUAAAAGGGUGUCUGAGCUGAAGAAAGGUGCUGGUGAUUCAGUGGUGCCCCUUGUGGAGGAGGGUGGAGAUGCACGUGCGUCUAGUGUGAAUGAAGAGGAACGUAAGGACACUCAGAUGGAAGCAGCUUCCUCCUCCUCCUCUUCUUCAUCAGUUGUUCCUGAAGAACAGCAGGGCUUUACUUCAGCCUCUCAGAUCUAUUCACUGAAGAGGAAGCGUGUAGGAGCAGGGUAUCGUGGGUCGUCCAACCCCUUCCAGACAGCAGCAGAACUUCUGAAGACGUCUCAGAACGGGAUUCCCACUUCUGAAGAACCUGCAGAUGAGGAACUGGAGCAGGAGAGAAACCAAGAGAGCAAAAGAACCAAAACAUCUCACUCUUCCUCUAAAUCUUCAUCUUCCUCUAAAUCCAAAACCACAACCACACCCUUGAGCAGCCCCAGUAAGAAAGCAGGCAAAGCUCUUACUAAAAAACAGCAGAAACUGGCGGAAGCUGCCAGGGACUCGCACUGUAUAUCACAGUACUUCGGGAAGAAGAUGGACGACGGUCCAAAAAAGGAGGAAACUGUUCCUUCAGAGCUUGAGGAAAGAGGUGCUUCUGUGCUUCCUGAAGCUCAGGAUGGCACUGUUUCAGUCUCAGCUUCUUCUUUAGACACAAACGCUAAUAAUCACACUGAAGAUGAAAGUUCUACAGAUGUGGAAAACUGUAUAGAGAAUCAUACUGUAGAUGUCAGAUAUCCUGUGGAUACAGAUACAGUUACACUGGAACAGACAGCUGAGGAUGUGGAGGAUGCUACAGUAGCAGCAGCAGCAGAGCCAGAACAGCCUCAGGAAAUGAGGAAGGAGAAACCGUCUGAUGCCUCACGAGUCCCAGCUGAAACACCAUGUGAAGAAAAAGAGGCGAAAGAGAGUCGCGUGAGAUUUAUCCGUCCGCCCAACGACACCAAACGGAGGGUGACCUUUAACCCUGUGCUGCAGGAACACAAGGUGGAGGGUUUGAACCCGAACAUCGAUCAGAUCUCCCAUCAGCCCGUGACUCUGAAAGAAGCAGCUGAUAUUGUGGUGAAAAUACUGGACCCUUUCUAUAAAAAGGGCAAAUUUGCUACCAAAGAUCUGUUCAAGUCAUUUGCACGAUUCCUCUCUCAUCUGCUCGUAGAAGAAAAAGCCAAAGACAGAGUGAAAGUAAAAAUGGAGGCGAAAGGUUUGAUUAAGCGUUUCUUCAGCAGCGUUCAGCGCUGUGAGAACGAGGCGGACUGGAAGUGCCUGCAGAAAGCGACCAGCACUAAAACCAGCUUAGCAGCAGCAGAUAGAACUACAGCACAACAGCAGCAGCAGGAGGAAGAGAGAUAGGGCUUAUCUGUAUCCUCUCCAGACCUUCUUAUUGGUCCUUAUUACAGCCAUAACCCCGCCCCCUUCUCAGGGAUACUGUACUGCUGUACGCAGAUCAGACACGGCUGCAAACCUGAAGGAAACGUGUGUCUGAGUGAAACUGACGCUAGGCUGCUUCCACUGGUGCACUUUAACGCCUGAAUAACUGAAGUUUUAAACCCUUUAAACCCGUACACACUGUGAUGUAGCUUCGUUUUUAGCUGCUGCGUAUUUCUCUGUUUGUUUUAGAACAUAUAUUUUGUCUUUGUUUUACGCUGCAUGGAUUUUUUUCGUUCUCAGAUCCCUAUGAAAUGUGUAAAAAAAAAAAAACAA